CUUCCGCUGCUUCACAUGGACCAAACUGUGUACACCAGGGAAACUUGAAUAUUUUGCUAGCUGUGUAAAAUAUAGCGCUCAUAUUCAGUCUGUUAUUUAGUUUGUAGUUGUUAGAUAAAUAUUUAUUACCGGCUAACAUGCUGCUUUUUUGUCCAACCUGCGGAAAUGUUUUAAUAGUCGAGGAAGGACAGAGGUGUAUGAGGUUCGCCUGUAACACCUGUCCGUAUGUCCACAACAUCACAAGAAAGGUAAACAAUAGGAAGUAUCCCAAGAUGAAGGAGGUGGAUGAUGUUCUGGGUGGAGCUGCAGCUUGGGAAAACGUGGACUCAACUGCUGAAACCUGUCCGAAGUGCGAGCAUCCUCGGGCGUAUUUCAUGCAGAUUCAGACCAGAUCAGCCGACGAGCCGAUGACGACUUUCUACAAAUGCUGCAACGCCCAGUGUGGACACAGAUGGAGAGACUGAAACCUUUUGCACUUUGAAAAUCGUAAAAUAUAUUUAAUGCUUAUGUGGCACAGAUGUGACCCUUAUACCCUAUCCUUCAUUUUUGAGCUUCGUAAAUAGGCUCUGGUAGAUAUUUUUUUUCGGCUUCUGAUGAUUUCCAGUCAGUGCAGUUCAUCUUCUGUGUGUUGACACAGCUUAAGAAACUUACAUUUUCUUUUUAUGUUUGCAGAUAUUUACUUACAGAACUCACUUUCCAGGCAUGGUUCAUUUUCUAA